AUGCACAAGAAAUAAAUCUGGGAUAUUAGAAUGGCAUAUCCUAAUAAUUUUACUAAGACUUUAAGUUAUAUUGAAAUAUAGUUUGAUGAAGUAUAAGAUAAAGCAAAAUCAAAUUGGAAGCUCUUCAUUUUAAAGGAAAGAAAAAUGUUGACACUAGAAGAUUAACAUAUUUCUGAAAUUUUAUCAAAUUAACCAUAUUCUGGAAUAAAUCUGUUGAUGUGUAAAGAUGUUUUAAUAGAAGAAAAUUAGAAUUAUAUUAAUUGGAAUUAUUUGUUUAUUUAGUAGUAAUAGUUUAGUUUCAAAUAACAACUUAUUAUGUUGAACGUAUUAUCUAACUUUUUAACUUUCAAAAAAGGCAAAAUUAUUUGUAUAUAAUGUAAUUCUUUUUGA